GUCAAACCCUCAGAGGCACUUGGCUCUCCUUUGCACUCUGCACAUCUUCAAUCCUUGACGAAGAGUUCCGCCGUUUCUGCAACAUGUCCACCAGGAAAUCUUACUCUGUCUCUGGCAGCAGCAGCAUGAGGUCCAUUGCUGGUCCAGUUGGCGGCUACACCAUCAAGAGCAGGACCAGCUAUGGUGUUGGCUCUGGCUUCAGUGGUGGCUCUAGCCACGCCGGUGGCUUUGGCUACGGUGCUGGCUUUGGCAUGUCCGGCGGCGGUGCAGUCAUUGCCCCUCAUAUUACUGCUGUUCAGGUGAACAAGAGCCUGUUGGCCCCUCUGAACUUGGAGAUCGACCCCCACAUCCAGGCUGUCCGAACCCAGGAGAAAGACCAAAUCAAGAGCCUCAACAACCGAUUUGCUUCUUUCAUCGACAAGGUGCGUUUCCUGGAGCAGCAGAACAAGAUGCUGGAGACCAAAUGGAAGCUCCUGCAGGAACAGACCACCGCACACACCAACCUUGACGCCAUGUUCGAGGCCUACAUCUCCAACCUGCGCAGACAGCUGGAUGGGCUGGGCAACGAGAAGGUCAAGCUGGAAGCAGAACUCAGGAACAUGCAGAUUAACGUUGAGGACUUUAAGAAAAAGUAUGAAGAUGAGAUCAACAAACGUGCAGCAGCAGAGAACGAAUUUGUGCUGUUGAAGAAGGAUGUGGAUGCAGCUUACAUAAACAAGGUGGAGCUGGAAGCCAAGGCCGACGCUCUCCAGGAUGAAAUCAACUUCCUCAGGGCUGUCUACGAGGCUGAGCUUCGCGAGCUGCAGUCUCAGAUCAAAGACACCUCUGUCAUUGUGGAGAUGGACAACAGCCGCAACCUGGACAUGGACUCCAUCGUCGCCGAAGUGCGUGCUCAGUAUGAGGACAUCGCCAACCGCAGCAAGGCCGAGGCAGAGACCUGGUACAAGCAGAAGUAUGAGGAGAUGCAGACAUCCGCUGGACAGUACGGUGAAGACAUCCGCACCACCAAGAGUGAGAUUGCUGAGCUCAACCGCAUGAUCGCCCGUCUUCAGAACGAGAUCGCAGCUAUCAAAGGACAGAGAGCCAACCUCGAGAAUCAGAUCACUGAGGCUGAGGAGCGUGGGGAGCUGGCAGUGAGGGACGCCAAGCUGCGCAUCAAGGACCUUGAAGACGCUCUGCAGAGAGCCAAGCAGGACAUGGCCCGCCAGGUCCGGGAAUACCAGGAGCUGAUGAACGUCAAGCUCGCUCUGGACAUUGAAAUCGCCACCUACAGGAAGCUGCUGGAAGGAGAGGAGACCAGACUGGCAAGCGGAGGAACCAACGCCGUCAUUCACGUGCAGGAGUCCUCAGGCGGUGCAAACUUCUCCAGCGCCAGUGGGUUCGGUUUCAGUGGCGGCAUGGCAGGCGGUUCUGGUUAUAGCUCUGGUGUCACCAAGACCAGAUUGUCAUCAAGCAGCAGCAGCUCAAGAAGAUUAUUGUAAAGCGGGGCAUCAAGAUAACAUCGUCAUCACAAGCCUGUGUACAUUUACUGACUGCUCUGAUAUACUUGCCAUCCUUGCAUUGGGGUGUUGACAACAGUGAAGCAAGCAAAUCGCUGACACAUGAAAAGGUCGAUUCACAGAUCUGCAAUGUUUUAACACUCAACAAUGAAGUUCAAUUUCACUGCCAAGUUUGUGACAAACGCUCCACUGCUUGGAUGCCCACACCACGUCAGUGCCAGAUUUAUUGAACGCACUUUUGCUCAUUCUUCAAUAAAUCUUGUAAAGUAA